UCCCUCUUUUUGGCCUAUAAAAACUGAUUAUUAUGUGUAGUAAUUCAUGCAAAAAAAAAAAUAUAUCAUUGAUAAAGCCACAAAAUUUAUUAACAAAAUGAAGCUAAUCAGUGCUACUUUGCUUCUUCUUGUAUUACUUUCGCCUUGUCUUCAACCAACAGAGGCGCAAAUUGGCGUAUGUUACGGAAGACUUGGCGACAACUUACCCGAUCCAGAUCAAGUAGUACACUUAUACAAAUCCAAUGGAAUAGCAAAUAUGAGAAUAUAUGACCCCAAUCCACACGUUCUCCAAGCUCUAAGGGGAUCAAACAUAGGCCUAAUCGUCGAUGUUUCAAGGACCGACCUCAGGUCACUUGGCUCGGACCCUUCAGCUGCAAACCGGUGGGUCCAAAACAACAUAGUCCCUUAUGCAUCAAAUGUCAAUUUUCGAUAUAUUGCAGUUGGGAACGAAAUCAUGCCUGGUGAUGCCGAAGAAGAGUCAAUUCUCCCGGCCAUGCAAAAUGUCCAAAAUGCUCUUCAAUCAGCUAACUUAGCUGGUAAAAUCAAAGUCUCGACAGCAGUUAUAUAUUCAAUUGUUAGCGGAUUCCCACCCUCUAAAGGUGUUUUUACAUCUUCCUCUUACAUGAAUCCUAUUGUUAACUUCCUUAGAAAUAACGGAUCACCUUUGUUAGCCAACAUUUACCCCUAUUUUUCGUACAUUUAUACCCCAAGUAUCCCCCUAGACUACGCACUCUGUAAUUCAACUGAUGUCCAAGUUAUGGAUGGUAAUUUAGAAUACCGAAACCUCUUUGAUGCAAUGUUCGACACAGUCUAUGUUGCGCUCGCGAAUGCGGGUGCUCCGAACAUGCCAAUUGUGGUGUCCGAGAGCGGGUGGCCGUCAGAUGGUGAUACGGGUGCUAAUUUUGAAAAUGCAGGGACUUAUUACAGGAGCUUGAUUGGCCACGUGAAACGAGGUACACCACGAAACAAUCAAGCAAUUGAAGCAUAUUUAUUUGCUAUGUUUGAUGAGAAUCAAAAGAUCGGUGCUCAAGUUGAGAGAAAUUUUGGAGUUUUUACUCAUGAUCAACUCUCUAAAUACCAGCUUAAUUUUAAUAAUUAAAUAAAUAAUAUAGACUUUUUAUAUGUAAUUAUAAAAUAAAUCGAUGAAACGUAUUAACGAACUAGUUAAAUGCCUAAAAAAUGUUUUAUGAGAAUUUGUAUGUUGUAUUGUGUUAUAAAUUGGAUUAAUGAUAAUUAAUUCAAUACUGAUGAAA